AUGACACCAGUCCUCCUCCUCUAUACCUGCCUCUUCGGCCUUAGCCAAGCAUCAAUCUCUCUCCCCUCAACCACGGGAGCAUGCGACGUCACCCUUCACACCAGCGAACUAGUCGACUCAUCCCGCAUUGAUCCAUUCGACCCUAAAGGAGGCAAUCGCUCUUUGAUGAUAACAAGCUUCACACCGACCAACUGCGGAAGCAUACAGUCAACCCCCUACUUCCCAAACGGAACAGCCGCAUACGAAGACGCGCAGUUCAAAGCCUUCGGCCUACCACCCGGCACAUUCUCCUCAUUCCAACUCCAGUCACGACACAAAUCACCCGCAACAACCUACACCCCAUACCCAGUCGUCCUCUUCUCGCCCGCUCUCUCAACAUCCAGACUCAUGUACACCCUCCUUCUCCGAGAAAUCGCCAGCAACGGCCUCGCCAUCGUGUCAGUCGACCAUCCCUAUGACGCCGAAAUAAUCGAAUACCCGGACGGCCACACAGUCCUCGGGAAGCUAUCAAACAUCAGCACAGAAUACGAAAUCGAACCCGUACUCAACGUCCGGGUAGAAGAUAUGACCUUCCUCCUCGACCAACUGCAUACUCACAAAACACUACACCAAAUAUUCCCCCUAUCCAAAAAUCCACACCUCCUCUCCCUCACCAACGUCACGAUAAUGGGCCACUCCUUGGGCGGCGCAACAGCCGCCCAGACACUCCUCUUGGACAACCGGUUCGCAGGCGCAAUAAAUCUAGACGGCACGCUCUGGGGGUCCGUCGUGAAGAAAGGCCUCGAUAAGCCAUUCAUGUUAUUUGGGCAUACCAACAAAACACAAGCAACCGACCCUAGCUGGAAAGCAUUGUGGCCAAGACUGAAGGGGUGGAAAAUUGAGCUGGAACUCGCGCAGUCGGAGCAUUAUACCUUCUCUGAUUAUCCGAUUCUUCUUGAUGCGGUUAACAUCGCUGAUGCGGCGAGGCGGGCUUUUCAGGCGCGGAUUGGGACGAUUGGAGCGCUGAGAGCGAGGGAUGCUAUUGUUGAGUUUACCGUUGCUGCGGUGCGGUAUUUCGUUAAUGAGGAGUUGGGUGAAAUACUGAGAGGUCCUUCUGAGGCGUGGCCGGAUAUUUCAUUUGUGUCGUCCUAA